AUGGACGCCAAGAAUGGCUUGGGUGAGAAGCGCAAAGCUUUGCAAUCCCUGGGGGCAAAUGCACUUGCUGAUGACGUGCAGAGAAUCCUCUCCCAGGCAGCUCCGUUUGUCGUCGCCUACAAGAAGCAUGUCAAAGUUGCCAACAAUCUGAAACUUUGCUGCAGCAGAGAUUCUGAGGCUUUGCGAUUGUUGACCACAGUAAUGAAAAGCGACGUGAUGCAUCACAAUGCAGCCGGCGACAACGUGUCUUUGGAGCACCUCCAGCAGUGUCUUGUUGAAUCCUUAAACCAUUGCGCCGACAGAGACAAUGGCCUGGGCUUUACUGUCCAUGUCGUCGCUGGCAAGGGCGACUGGAAGUGGCGCAAGGAGUGGUUGAAACAAACGAGAUUUUAUGGGAAUUAUGCUGGCAAGGACGGCCUGUGUGCGAGGUGUCUGGCUGGAUCCACGGAAACUAGUUGGCUGGACCCAUGUCUCGAGAGAUUCAACAAUCCAGCCGAUCUACAGGCUGCACGGGCUACUGCUGUAGGUGACAUCCACAUGAAAAACCUUUCGGGGUGGCAACCUGAGAUGGAAGUUCCUGACCUGCUGCACUGCUGCUGGUUGGGCAGUUGCCGUGACUUGAACGGAAGUUUGUGCAUGUUGGUGGCCUCGAAAUUUCUUACUGGUGCAACGUAUGACGAAAGGCUUACCACACUUCGACGCGACAUGCAGCUUUGGUGCCAAGACAACGGCAUGAAACCUUCGACCAUCGAGGAGAUCAGUAUCUUGAGGAAAUAA